AUGGAUCUACUGACGGCCAAAGAAGAAGAGUCCAGAAAGGGCGAUGAUGAUGGUGAGACGAGAGCCGACCAAAUCAAGCUGGUCGAAAACCACUUGGAGGCCGUACUGUACUGGGCCGUCCAAAAUGGUAAACACGAGCUCGCAGAGAUCUGCGUUCAAAAAAAUCCGAAACUGGUUUAUCUGGACAAGGGAGGUGCGUCGCUGCUACACAUAGCGGCCAUAGGUGGCAAUGUCAACAUCAUGGAUCGGCUUCUUCAAAAGAGGCUGCAAGAUCAGGAUGACCUCAUGACCAGACUAUUCGAGCAGAACCUUCUCAAAACCCGGCCUGAGCAUCUCAAACACAAACUACCGUUUGCGGUGAAAAAGGUCACACCGUUUCAUCUGGCAGUCCGAUACUCUAACCUUGAGAUGGUGGAAAGUCUUUUAUCCUGGGUGGAUGAUGAACCGAAAGAGGAGGGAACAUCGCCUCCGGCGGCAAACUUCCCAUUGAACAUCGAUCAGGCCAGGCCAGAGCUGACCAGUGUUCUGAAGACCAUUCUCCAAAUGACAGACGAUGGGGAUACCCCAAUAUCGUUGGCUGCAUCCGGGAACACCGGGACGCAUCGCGAUAUUGAGGAGAUUCUGUGGAAACGGCUGUACAACAGUAUCCAGAGGAACCCAUGGUUCUUUUACGACCCCUCGACGCCCCAAGCUCCAUUGAGCCCCGAGGCUGAACGUGUUCUGGAACUCGCAGCCCAAUUCGAAAACCCACGCGAUGAAUUUUACCUGCGGAAGUUUCUCCAACGCAUGCCUCAACGCGUCGGUCAUCGGCUUUCUAAAGACCCCAACACCCUGCAACUGGCUGUAUACCACCAAGUUCCUACGGUCGUCUGGUGGCUCCUUUCCAACGGGGGUUAUAUGAGCGAAAACGACAUGCGGGAGGCCCUGCAGCUCUCAGAGCGAGUGAAACGGGUCCCUUUCGGGACAAUCAUCCAUGAGCUUUUGACGGAUCCACCGCCAGUCUUGAAGCGCCGAGCUCGGAGAGAUGACCAUCGUCCACCCACCUUCCAACACGCCCGUCAGGAGUAUGAUUCCCCCAAUGGAACUGUCUUGGACUUCUAUGAUGAGGAUCAUCAGGUCACAUUCCAGAUUAAGCGCCGCCCAUUGCAUGAUAUCAUCUAUCAAGAUGGGCCACAGAAGAUCAUGACUGCAACUCAGUUUUCUGAUCUGUCUUCCCUCAAGAAGGCGGUCUCGGGCAUAGACCGUGAUCGUGUGGAAGUUCAGUCAAAAGACAAAACAAAAGAGACUAAAGGGGGACUCGAUCAUGAUGGAGCUCGCCAAAAUAAGCCUACUGCUGAUAAUGCGGGGUCUAAACGGCCAACUGAGAACAUGAACAAGCAGAGGGUGCCGGAUUUGAGAUGGAUCCAUCUCCCUGUGAACAAUGUGAGAGCCUUGAGACCUAUUUUUUUUUUACAAGACUACAGCUAA